CGCGGUCACCAAGCGUAAAGUCGCUGCGUCUGGUCGAGGGCUCUCUGAGUGACAGAAGGGACGUGAAUAAAAUGUGUUUGCGGUGUGGAAAUUACAUCAUGCCGGACUUAGUCACUCAUGUGUUGAACCAGCACCAGUGACGUCAUUAUUGAUGGGGAUAUUGAAGACGGCUGGGAGCAGAAGCUUGUUUGGGAUGCAGCGGUUAGUGUGUGCUAGAGUCCUGCUGCAGAUCAGUGGUGCGUCCUGCAGCCGUCCCGCACAGAUGCUGGCUCCCGCGGCCCGCGGCUGCUGGACACGCCUGAGCCCCGGCCCGCGUUGGCUCUGCUCUCCGGCCUCUCAGAGGAACAGCAGCAGAGAUCGUCCAGGGCAGGAGGAUCCGGACCCUCUGCAGGACAAAUCCAGCAGCCUCAUUCAGAGAUUCAAGAAAACCUUCAAGCAGUACGGCAAAGUCAUGAUCCCUGUGCACCUGCUGACCUCUACAGUGUGGUUUGGCACUUUUUACUACGCUGCAAUGAAAGGAGUCAAUCUGGUGCCAUUUCUUGAGUAUGUUGGGUUUCCUGACAAGGUGGUGAAACUCCUGGAGAAUUCUCAGAGCGGCUACGCACUGACCGCUUACGCCAUGUACAAGAUCGCCACACCUGCGCGCUACACGGUGACUCUCGGAGGAACGUCUCUGUCCGUGAAGUACCUGAGGAAGCACGGGUACAUGUCCACCCCUCCACCCGUGAAGGAAUACCUGCAGGAGAAGAUGGAGGAGACCAAAGAGAGGAUCUCUGGGAAAAUGGAGGAGACCAAGGAUCGUAUAUCUGAGAGGAUGGAGGAAACGAAGGACAAGUUCACAGAAAAACUUCAAGAAACCAAAGACAAAGUGUCUUUCCGAAAAAAGAAGGAAUAGGUUUAUAGGCUUACAAAAGGUCACAAAGUGACUCUCCCUCUCCAUAAUGUCAUGAAGAUUCAUGUUAUUUAACGAUAUAGCAUACUUAAGGAAAGCAAUGUGUCUUAAGCAUAUACAGUAUAAAGUAGUAUAGGCUGUAAGCUCUACACUUACUGUUCACAUAAUAGGCUAAACUAUAAGAUUAUGACCAUUGUUUUGGAUAUAAAUUUUGGACUCUACUUGAAGUGUUUUUAACGGAUGAGAGUGAGAGUAUGUUUUCUAAAGAGAACAGCAGGUGUAAUGUGUCCAACAUCACAUAUGUAAUACUUUGUUCAUAUAACAACAUAGCACUGCCUCUUUCAAUUCUUGCAUUUGUAAAAUGUUAUUUAAAUUAAGGAUUCUAAAUGACACAGAUUUGUCACAUAACUGAAAAUGAAAUGGUUUUGUAAAAUCUUGAAUUGUUUGUAACUUGGUAUAAUGCAAACGGUGUCGGUCCGAAACUGUAAGUGUGCAUUAAGAUGUAAUACAGCUUAUGUCAUCGUUUAAAAUACUGGAAAAAAGUAAUACAGAAGAAAAUCGGCAAUAGUGCUGACAUUCACUCUGCUAAUCGUCAACAGUCUUUACGUCUUGUUUCCAAUUCAGUGCAUUCCUGCCAUAUUCAUGCGUUUCAUUUAUGUGAGCUCAUUUUCAGUUGUUCAUGUCUAUGGAGUGUCACAUGUUUUUGCUUUUUUUUUUUGCAUAACUAAUGAAGGUUAAUAAUUGAACUGAUUAUUCACCAGUUAAUGUGUCUGCUGGUGAAGCACUUGGGUCUGAUGAGAUUGUGAGGCCUUUUUUGUCUGUUGAAGGAUCUUCCGCUUGGCUGUCAACAAUAAUAAUAAAAAAGAUAAACCACAUCUUGUCUUAUUUCAUGAA